AAGAAGCGAGGUCGGCCUGCCAAAGAAGCAGCUGCUGACGAGCGCGAGCCACCGAAGAAGCAAGGUCGGCCUGCCAAAGAAGCAGCUGCUGACGAGGGCGAGCCACCGAAGAAGCGAGGUCGGCCUGCCAAAGAAGCAGCUGCUGACGAGAGCGAGCCACCGAAGAAGCGAGGUCGGCCUGCCAAAGAAGCAGCUGCUGACGAGAGCGAGCCACCGAAGAAGCGAGGCCGUCCCGCAAAGAGCGCUACAACUGCAAAGAGCGCUGCACCUGCUGCACCAUCCAAGAAGCGCGCCGCUAUAUCGGGUAAGCAUUAUUGGCUGAUGAAGGCCGAGCAGGACGGGCAUGAUGAGACUCUGAAGAACGGAGAGAUCUUCAACACCAAAUUCACCAUCGACGACCUGCGCGCAAAGACCGAGCCGGAGCCAUGGGAUGGCGUCCGCAACCCAACUGCCGCAAAGAACCUCAGAGGUAUGAAGCAAGGCGAUCUCGCAUUCUUCUACGCUUCUGGCGGCAAGAAGCCAGCCAUCGUUGGAAUCAUGGAGAUUGUCAAGGAGCACGAACCUGACAUGACUGCCUGGGAUGAAAACAGCUACGGAUAUGUUGAGCAAGAGAAAGAUCGCCAGAAGUGGUGCGUCGUCUACGUCGAGUUCCGCAAGAAGUUCAGCAAGCCGAUUACGCGCGAUGUGCUUAAGAAGCAUUUCGACGAAGGCCCGCUUAGUAAGAUGCAAGAAUUCAAUGCGGCGCGUCUAAGCGUGUCGAAGGUGUCGGAGGAUGAGUGGAACUUCAUCAACGGUCUCAUCGAA